UGGCUUUGCCUUUGCCUUCUUCUUUCCUACUAGCACUUCACCUUUUUUCUUCUGUAGCAGAUAACUUACAUCUCUUUGGAUCCCCACGCCUCCCCUUCUCUCUCUCUCUCUCCAUUAAAGCUCUUCUCUCUCUCCCUUCUUUAAAACCCCCCAUUCCUUCUCCCCCUUCCACACCUCUAAAAGCCUAGCGAAAAAGAAGAAACCAAAUCUCCAAGAAUCAUUCAUUCUCUGCUUUCUCUAGAUUCCACCGGCCAUGGAUGAAUAUGAUUGCGAGUAUUUUAUGAGGAGGAGCCAGGUGCCGGCGUUCGGGAGCUGGGACUGCGACGACGGGUUUCCGAUCCCGUUCACCCAGUGCUUCGAAUCGGCGAGACAGGCCGGGCUGCUCCGGUACAGCUACUCCGAGGACCGGGAUUUGUACGUCGCCGGCGACCUGUACGAGAACGACGUCGUCACUCCGGCCAUGAUUGUCGUGCCUCGCCGCCGGGGAAAAGGAAGCGGAUAUGAGCAUGGCGGAAAAGGGGAGGGAAGAAAGGACGGUUGGGUGAUGGGUGGAUGCGACUGCGAAUACGGUGGCGAUGUGAAAGAGCCGCCGAGCCCGGUGCCGCCGUCGCCGCCUCCGGCCAGGAGAGAGCCCAAGGCGGUGGACGAAGAUCUGUACAAGAUUUCGCCGGAUCUCCUCUACGCAAGGACCAAACGGAAGAGGGCAUGGGGGUUUCUACCAAGCUGCCUAAGGCCAGUGUGCGCGUGAGGAAGCCCUGCCAUGGGAGCUUCUUCAAUUCUGCAAAAAGUCAUCGUAAACCAUGCAUGCAUGCAUGCUAGCUAGCAAGCCAUCCAAGUAGUUUAAGGAAGAAGCUAAGGAAGGAUAACAUUAAUUACUCCAAACGGAUCAGAGAAUGUUACGUUGGGGCAGGCAUUAUGGCAGCAGCCCAUCCAAGAGGAUAAUGUUGUUAGUUGUUUCAUCAUUAUCAUAUCAUAAUUAUCAUGGCAAUCAAGAACAUAUAUAAUAAUAAUAAACAAAAACAGUGUUAUUGUCUCAGUAGCUAUAUAUAUUAGGGUUAGCUUAGAGCUAUAUAUGUCUCUGCAGCUUUAAUUUGGACAGGAGCAUUGGAAGCUGAGACUGUAUGUAAAGCCUUUUUCUUUUGGUUUUUUUUUUUUGUUUUUGGCUAUACUGUUUUGUGUGCAAGAAAAGGUGGUUGUAUUGAUUAAUGUAUGGCGCACUGUUUCUGUGAAUUGCUGCCAUUCUUUUAUUCUCUCUCUCUCUCGUGCUGUUUGGUUUGUACGUUUGUUGUUGUUGUUUUUGUUUUGACAGAAGCGUGAAUAGAGUCAUGUGUGGUCCGUGGGAGGGUUCAAAUUGUUUGCCGCUAUUUAUAGAGCGUUAUUAA